AUGGCGGCUGGGACCCAGUACACAUACCCCGAACACUGGAGGGCCUUCAAGGUCCUCAACGCUGCUCAGUACAGCGGGGCGCAAGUCGGCGUGCUCUCUGCACCACCGCACUUCCAUUUCGGUCACACCAACCGCACCCCUGAAUUUCUCUGCAAGUUUCCAGCCGAUAAGGUUCCAGCUUUUGAGGGUGACGAUAGAUUCUGUGUGUUUGAGAGCAGUGUCAUUGCCUGUUACGUGAGCAAUGAUGAGCUGCGGGGAAGUACCCCAGAGGCAGCAGCCCAGGUGGUGCAGUGGGUGAGCUUUGCCGACAGCAACAUUGUUCCCCCAGCCAGCACUUGGGUGUUGCCCACCUUGGCCAUCAUGCGCCACAAGCAGGCCUCAGAAAAUGCUAAGGAGGAGGUGAGGCGAAUUCUGGGCCUCCUGGAUCUCCGCUUGAAGACGAGGACUUUCCUGGUGAGUGAACGUGUGAACUUGGCUGAAUUCACGGUUGUCUAUACCCUGUUUCGGCUCCACCAGCAGGUGCUAGAACCUUCUUUCCGCCAGGCCUUCCCUAAUACCAACUGCUGGUUUCUCACCUGCAUUAACCAGACCCCUUUGCUCACCUGCCCAAAACUUACCUUCGUGUUGGAUGGGUUUAAGCGUAAAUACUCCUUUGAGGACACUCUGUCUGUGGCCCCGCCCCACUUUUGGGAGCAUUUUGAUAAGGACAGCUGCUGGUCUUUAUGGCAUGCCGAGUGCCACUUCCCUGGGGAGCUCCGCCAGACCUUCACGAGCUGCAGCCUCCUCACUGGAAUGUUCCAGCGACUGGAUAAGCUGCGGAAGAACGCCUUUGCCAGUGUCAUCCUCUUUGGAACCCACAAUAGCAGCUCCAUUUCUGGAAAACUAGAUCCUGGCAGUGAGGAGACCCAGACCCUGGAUCGAGAGUACUGCUGGGAGGGGGCCUUCCGGCACUUGGGCAAGAUCUUCAAGUGA